AUGGAGAAAGGUUUCUAUUCAUGGACUCUGGGCUUUUCUCUUGCUGCCUUAGGAACCCAAGACCCAAAACUAUGCAAAGAAUUUCAGGACAGUUUGUUGAGGAUGAACGCUGAAGAAGUCAUUCCUUUGCUAAGAACAAUACUUCUAACUGAUAACAGGGAAGUUCUGCAGAAGGUGUCGGUUCCUUCAACGAUCAUACAGACCCAAAAGGACAUGGUGGUUCCCAUCUCUGUGGCCCAAUACCUCCAUGAAAACCUUGAUGGGGAGAGUCCAGUUGUGAUCAUCCCCGUUGAAGGACGUACCCCAACUCGCAGCCCCGAAACUGCUCAUGAAUGCUCUUGA